AUGGCAUCAAAGCAUUUAAACUGCGGACUGGCGAGCAGUGGACGAUGCCGCGCAGCGGCGCGCUCCAGCAGUCUGAAGCGGUGGCUGGCUGCCACGGGCCGGCGGCGCGAUGAGCUGGGCGGCCGCCCCCGGCUCGGGGCUGUGAGGGGCUCGGAGCCUGGGGUGGGCGGCGGCGCGGCGGGCGGCCGAGGCUCUUUCUCCGCGGCGGCGGCGCGGCUGGGGCUGCUGGGCCGCGUCCGCCUCCCAGGGGCCUGCGGCCUGAGGGCGGCACCGCCGCCGCCGCCCCUGCUCGCGCUGCUGCCGCCGCCGCCGCUGCCGCCGCCGCCGCCGCUGCCGCUGCUGCCCGCGCCCGGUGCCACCGCCGCCCCUGCCCCGCGGCCCCCCGCGCUGCCGUCUGUGGCCGUGGGGCCCAGCGUGAGCCUUUACCUGAGCGAGGAUGAGGUGCGCCGGCUGAUCGGUCUUGAUGCAGAACUUUAUGUGAGAAACGACCUUAUUAGUCACUAUGCCCUCUCCUUCAACCUAUUAGUACCCAGUGAGACAAAUUUCCUGCACUUCACUUGGCAUGCAAAGUCCAAGGUUGAGUAUAAGCUGGGAUUCCAAGUAGACAAUUUCGUGGCAAUGGACAUGCCCCAGGUCAACAUUUCUGCUCAAGGGGAAGUUCCACGCACUUUAUCAGUGUUUUGGGUCGAGCUUUCCUGCACUGGCAAAGUAGAUUCUGAAGUUAUGAUACUAAUGCAGCUCAACUUGACAGUAAAUUCUUCAAAAAAUUUUACAGUCUUAAAUUUUAAACGAAGGAAAAUGUGCUACAAAAAACUUGAAGAAGUAAAAACUUCAGCAUUGGACAAAAACACUAGCAGAACUAUUUAUGAUCCUGUACAUGCAGCUCCAACCACUUCUACGUGUGUGUUUUAUAUCAGCGUAGGGGUUUGCUGUGCAGUAAUAUUUCUUGUAGCAAUAAUACUAGCUGUUUUGCACCUUCAUAGUAUGAAAAGGAUUGAACUGGAUGACAGCAUCAGUGCCAGCAGUAGUUCCCAAGGGCUGUCUCAGCCAUCCACGCAGACGACUCAGUAUCUGAGAGCUGACACACCCAACAAUGCAACGCCUGUCACCAGCUCCUCAGGUUAUCCUACCUUGAGGAUAGAGAAGAACGACCUGAGAAGUGUCACUCUUUUAGAGGCCAAAGCCAAGGUGAAGGAUAUAGCAAUAUCCAGGGAGAGGAUAACCCUAAAAGAUGUACUCCAAGAAGGUACUUUUGGGCGUAUUUUCCAUGGGAUUUUAGUAGAUGAAAAAGAUCCAAAUAAAGAAAAACCAACGUUUGUAAAAACAGUUAGAGAUCAGGCUUCUGAAAUUCAGGUGACAAUGAUGCUCACUGAAAUUUGCAAGCUGCGAGGUCUUCAUCACAGAAAUCUUCUUCCUAUUACUCAUGUGUGUAUAGAAGAAGGAGAAAAGCCCAUGGUGAUACUACCUUACAUGAAUUGGGGGAAUCUUAAAUUGUUUUUACGGCAGUGCAAAUUAGUAGAGGCCAAUAACCCACAGGCAAUUUCUCAACAAGACCUGGUACACAUGGCUAUUCAGAUUGCCUGUGGGAUGAGCUACCUGGCCAGAAGGGAAGUCAUCCAUAAAGAUCUGGCUGCUAAAAACUGUGUCAUUGAUGACACGCUCCAAGUUAAGAUCACAGACAAUGCCCUCUCCAGAGACUUGUUCCCAAUGGACUAUCAUUGCUUGGGGGACAAUGAAAACAGGCCUGUUCGAUGGAUGGCUCUUGAAAGUCUGGUUAACAAUGAGUUCUCUAGUGCUAGUGAUGUGUGGGCCUUUGGAGUGACUCUGUGGGAGCUCAUGACUCUGGGCCAGACGCCCUACAUGGACAUCGACCCCUUUGAAAUGGCCGCAUGUCUGAAAGAUGGUUACAGAAUAGCCCAACCAAUCAACUGUCCUGAUGAACUAUUUGCUGUGAUGGCCUGUUGCUGGGCCUUAGAUCCAGAGGAGAGGCCCAAGUUCCAGCAACUAGUCCAGUGUCUCACAGAGUUUCAUGCCGCCCUGGGUGCCUAUGUCUGACUGCCCUCACAGUCCCUCAGCAUCAGAAGAAAUGCCUGUUGUGGACACUUCAUACACAGUACAAUGCCAGCAGAAGCACAGUUGUCUUCCAGAAUGCCGUGCCUUAGGAAUGCUUUAGGACCUGAACUUUUAAGACAGACUUAAUGUGGACUAUUUUCUAGAUAUCAUUUUUAAUAGAUUAAGCUGAAAGGGGUUUUAUAAAUUUUUUGGCCCAACAUUUUUAAAAAAGUGACUUUGGACUAGAGGGUACAUUUAAAAAAAUAAAACAGUUUUUAAAUUGUUUAGACACAAAUAUUUGGAAUAGCUAUUUUAGUGCCAACUGUUUUUUUAUUUUUUUACUUCAUCAAGGUAAUGUAGGUGACUCACCUUUAAAGUUAUAAUUUUAUUUUUAUCACUACUCUUGGGAAUGGUUUGUUUUCAGAUGCAGUUCUUUUAGGAAAGGAAAAAUAGCAUAAAAAGAUUUCUGCUUUGCCUCGUACAAGAAAAGGCAGUGUUGGAAGAAGAAAACAAAAACUAGAGAGACAAAGGAAUUUUUAAAAAUACUUAUUGGAAACAAGCUGCCCUUUCAUGGGAAAUUGUUUAUUUUUUAAUGUUUUAGUGAAAAGGAGUUCUGCUUUCUUAUCUUGGGGGAAGCAGGAACAGAGUUCAUCACAUCUUAAAUUUGUCAGAAAUUAACUUUUCCUGUGAUCCAGAAAUGGGUUUAGGGCAGAUUAGUAGGAAGCAAUGGCAAUUUUUAUUUAGUUUUACUCUCUGGGAAAGAAGAUAAUGCGGUUCCAGAAAGUGAAUCAUGUUUCGAAGGUUAAGAUUUCCUUUUAUUCCACCUAGAAUAGUGCUAUGCACAGAGCGGGUGCUCAAGUCUUUAUGUUUUCUUUUUUUAAUUGUAAGCUGGUACAUUUGUGCUUAUCUUCAAGGCUGGCUUAAGUGUAAUUUUUUUUUAAAAAACACUUGAAAA